AUGUCGUCUGGGAUCUCAGCCGCUGAAAAGGUGGAUGGAUUCACUAGGAAGUCCAUGAGAAAGGCUCAGAAGCAGAGGAAACCCCAGGGAUCAGCCCAUUUCAGGACGCAGGGAGGAAGCCUGAGCCCUGGUGAACUUUCAGCCUUGCCCCAGCUCAGAGAUGCUCAGUCCACAGAGCAGCAGGAGUUGUUCAUGCAGAAGCUCCAGCAGUGCUGUAUACUCUUUGACUUCCUGGACACAGUCACUGACCUGAAGAGCAAAGAGAUCAAGCGGGCCACUCUGAAUGAGCUGGUGGAAUACGUGUCCACUAACAGGGGUGUACUGGUGGACUCUGCCUACCCUGAAAUCAUCAACAUGAUCAGCAGCAACCUGUUCAGAACUUUGCCUCCCAGUGAAAACCCUGAUUUCGACCCAGAAGAAGAUGAACCCACACUGGAAGCCUCGUGGCCUCACAUGCAGCUGGUGUACGAGUUUUUCCUGCGAUUCUUAGAAAACCCGGACUUCCAGCCGAGCACCGCCAAACGUUACAUCGACCAGAAGUUUGUGCUGCAGCUGUUGGAGCUGUUUGACAGUGAAGACCCCCGUGAGAGAGAUUUUCUGAAGACCAUCCUCCAUCGGAUCUAUGGAAAGUUCCUGGGUUUGCGUGCCUUCAUCCGCAAACAAAUAAACAACAUUUUCUUACGGUUCAUUUAUGAGACCGAACACUUUAACGGAGUGGCUGAACUUCUGGAGAUACUGGGCAGCAUCAUCAAUGGGUUCGCUCUGCCUUUGAAAGCUGAACACAAGCAGUUCCUGAUGAAGGUGCUCAUUCCGAUGCACACGGCCAAGGGGCUGGCACUGUUUCAUGCACAGCUGGCCUACUGUGUGGUUCAGUUUUUGGAAAAGGACCCAACACUCACAGAGCCGGUGAUCCGGGGGCUUCUGAAAUUUUGGCCUAAAACCUGCAGCCAGAAAGAGGUUAUGUUUCUGGGGGAAAUCGAGGAGAUUUUGGACGUCAUCGAGCCGACUCAGUUUAAGAAGGUUCAGGAGCCUCUGUUUAAACAGAUCUCUAAGUGUGUGGCCAGUCCUCACUUUCAGGUUGCAGAACGGUCGCUGUAUUACUGGAACAAUGAGUACAUCCUGAGUCUGAUUGAGGAAAACAUUGACAAGAUCCUACCCAUAAUGUUCGGCAGCCUGUACCGGAUCUCUAAAGAACACUGGAACCAGACGAUUGUAGCUCUUGUGUACAACGUGCUGAAAACUCUUAUGGAGAUGAACAGCAAACUGUUCGAUGAGCUCACAGCCUCAUAUAAAGCCGAAAGACAACGAGAGAAGAAAAAGGAGCAGGAGAGAGAGGAGUUGUGGAAGAAGCUGGAGGAGCUGAGGCUGAGCGAAAUUUCCAAAAACCAGAAUAACACUCAUGGCCUCGAAAACAGCAACAACAACAACAACAACAACAACAGCAGCAGCAAGCCAGAGGACCACAGCAGAAUCAGCACCACGGACAGCAUUAACACCGAAAGCUACACACUCAACGCACAAUAUGCCAAAUGACACAGGACUGCAUUAUUACUUAAACCAUGAGGGUUUAAAACCAGCAGCAAAUGGGAAGAUGGGAUCUGUAGGGACAUUUAAAACAAAAAAAUGCAUUAAAAAGGCUAUAUAGAUCUGUAUACAAGUACUUUAUUCUCUUUUUUUGGCAGAAAAUAAUAUAUUUGGACUAUGAGAGUAUUUUUGGAUGUUAAAGUGCGGUCACGUUAUAUUACUUUUUUUGUGUCUGAUCAAAGAUUUUAACCUCCUCACUUGUAUUAAGGCCUAUUUUAGAGAUUGACAGUACAAGAGCAUGUUCUUAAAGUUGCACUUUACUAUACUGGGGUUGGGUGACUCAUGUCCAAAGAGAGAAAAACAGUCAGUAGCAUUGUGUCAGCUCAAAUUUAAUCUAGAAAUGUGAGCUGUUUGGUUUUUCAGCCUACUGUGAUUAAUCAGCCACCUGAAAGAGCUAUAAGUAAGCUUUAACAAGAAAUUGGGCAGUUUCUUCUAGAAUCUGCAGUUAUUAUAUAGUUUUUAAUUUGGUCAUUCUUAUCUUGACGACGGUGUACAUGAGGUCACUGGGUAGGCCACUUUAUUAUAACACACCUCUCCCCAGUCUACCUUAUACAUCCACUUACUUGUGACACAUGGUGGUGGCAGCUCUGUGAUGCACAACACUGAUAUUGUAUAUCAGCAGAUCAGCUACAACUGUACACCUGUAGGGUGGAGCUAGAAGAGAGGGGUUUCUGAAAAAGUGGCUGGUGCGUGCACAACAUGGCGUCAUGGGAUGUUUAGUGUAGCGUCACCUCUUUGUGAAAAGAUUUCAUGGUUUUAUGAAUGACCGAGCAGAGCUAGACUGGAAGGACUGCUAUCUCUAACAGGAAAGAACCACUGUGCCAAAGGAAGCAUUCAAACAGUUGAUGGCACUUUGGGGCCAGCUUGGCAGACCUUUUGGCUCAGUUGACCGGACAAAUACGCCCUUUUAUUCCAACUGUUGCUAGAUUGGACAAACUUCUGGCUACUUCCAGUCAUUUGCGGCAUAAAACCCAAAAGUGUGACCACACAUGCAAAAUAAAUAUUGUUUCAAAUUAUUGAAAUAUUUGAAAUUUCCAUUCAUUUUCCAUGUUUUUUGACAAAAACUCACAAUAUAUGUGGCAGUUUUACAUUAAGCUAUCCAACCUAGUAACAGUAACCAUAAAAAGAACACAUCUCUGGGUGGUUAGUUUGUGGUCUUUCGGCUGUUUGUGGUUUUGGCUAUUGUCUGCUCCAUGCCGCACCUUUACAUGUUACAACAGACGAUACAUUGAGCGGUCAUCUUUUUCACCUGUCCAGUCCAGCACGUGACUGGCCCAGCAUGUUCGUAGUGGAUAAAUUUGUCCUGUUGACAUUUUGAAAGGCUGAUUAUUGAAGCACAACAGUGAGUGAUGACCUAUAGUUAAUAAUUGCAUUCAUUUACAUGCAAACCUCUUCCCAGUAGCAUCUGUGUGAACUCAGCCUUAAUUAGGCGUUGUAACUGAACUCUUUUCCAUAAUGCAUGUUUUAGGCUCCGCCUUAUGCAGAUGAUAGCAGAUACCUCAUUGUUAUUUUUAGCCUCUGGUUUCCAGUGAGCUGUUUCGGUGGUGAAAUUCGGGGUUAGUUCUGCUUUUACAGAAUCUGGUUUGUUUGUAUUUUUUCCGGUUUGUGUUUAUCAAUGUUGUUUGCAGUAAUACCAACAAUGUCCCCACCGCUCGUUUAAUUAAUGCAUAAUAUUUCCAAUAACAUCAGCUGUUUUCACUGGAAGUUGGUUUGUUAAGCUCAUGAUAUUCUGUAAGGCCUUUUCUUUUGCUAUGUGUGAUAAUAAUCACCGCUUCUUUCGAGUCCAACCUGCUUUUUAAGCAACAGCUGACAUUGCGUGACAUUUCACCGAGGUCAUUUCAUGCUUCUGAUGUGUUUGGAAUAAUGAAUUCAUUUGCAUUAGAUUUGGUAUCCUGGAGGAUACCGGACUACCACUUUUCAGGUAUUCAUUUUGUUUAAUCAUGGAACAAGGAAGAAAAUAUACCGGCUAACGAUUCAUGUGUUUUAUGUUUUAACAGGGCUGUAAAAUAGUGCCUGAACAUGAGCCCUUGCCAAGGACGUGUGGUUAAAGAUGUGACGGUGGAGAUAGCGUAGCUAGGCUAACCACUCCAGCUGAUGUUAGCCAGGCCCACAAAAAGUGUAAAAGUAUAUUUCUUUGACAGACUAACAUGUUGGCAUAUCGUCCACUGAGGAGGAAAGACCUUGUGUAACAGAUGAGUCUUCACAAGCUACCAACUCUGUUAGCUAUACUGUUAGUGUUAGCUCAUCUGAAGAGGCAGCCUUCACGACUUUCCCCAAACCUACAGAUUUCUUUCUGCUAUUUGUGAAUUAUAAUACAUUUUCAUAUUUUGGUUUCCUGAAAUCAGUGCCAUUAACUAAAAAUUAUGCCGUAGACUUAUUUUGGCUGUAGUUCAUUUUUAAUUUUUUGGUUAAUCACACUAAUUCUUACUGGAAUGUAACUAGAAUUUGUAAAGUAGUCUCACGUUCCUACACUAGAUAACGGCACUUCCUUCAGUGAAUUUCAAAGACAUUGCUUUAAGCAGCGCUGUGUCGGAUUUAAAGAUUUGGAGACGUCUCUGGUGGAAAUAUGUAACUGAGCAUAACAUUCAGUUUUCCAGCCGUCCUGUUUUUGCUCACUACAUUUUGUUGCCAUGCCACCGCAGAUUUAGCCCUCCCUGCAGCAGUUGGUGCUUAAGUCCCAGUUGUCUUAAAACGUUGGUGUAAUGUUUUUUUUGUACCUAAAAAGGAAAUGGCAUAACAUUUGAAUCAUAGGCUGUUAGAUAGUUAUAAAGUAUUUGAGCCCAGUCUGUUCCACAGGACGCCUGUGACUGAAAAGACAGACUUCUCUGUCUGUAGACAGAGGCCAACUUCUCUAGCUCAUGUUAGUGAGGUCCAAAAACAGUGGAAAUAUAUUUCUAUGGCAAACUAACUGGUUGGCACGUCUUCCACUGAGGAGAAAAGACCUUGUGUACAAGACCCACUCAGCUGUAGUGUUAGCAGUAGCUUGUAGCACAUAGAGGCCUUUGUUACUUACCUGAGCCCAAAGUCUACGGCUUUCUCCUGGCUGUUUUUGAAUAAUAAAACACCUUUUCAGAUUUUAGCUUCCUAAAACCAGUGCUGUCAUCUAGGAUGUAAGCCUAUGGCCUUACGCAAUUAGUUUUUCUUUUUUUUGUUCAUUUUUCCUUCCCUGCGGUUAACCAGAUAAUCGCUCAUCGUCAUGUACGGAUAGUAGUAUAUACAAUGCCAGAAUACACACUAAGUAACAACAAGAUUUCAGUUACUUCGGCACGAAAUUUUAAAGCAAACACUUUGAACACUUUGGUCAACUGUCCUGUUAUGCAAAGUUUCCUGUCGCUGCUGACCAGUCCCUAAUGUGCCAGGACGUGGGUGUUUAUGUACCUAAAAUGAAAAUAUGUCAUAACGUUUUAGUCUUGGGCCAUCAGAUUGCUGUUUCAGAAGCUGAAAAAAGGCCCAACCCAUGUUGGUAUAGUAUUAUGUUCAGUCAUUUCUACUCUUUCCUGUGGUAUGACUGACCGUUUCCCCACUUAUUUGAAGUGUUGCCACACAUUUAAGACCAUGCUUUUGUACUAAGAACAUCUAAAUCUGGUUAAUCUUAGUUUCUUAAUAUGUGUAGUUCUAUAUAAAUGUGGGUUUAGGGGUGAAAUGACUUGAAUAUUUUUCCAUUAUGUUAGAUUUAGAAACUUGAAAGUAACCUGUAGUCUAUUUUAUAUACGUGUGCUGUUCACACAGCUGCCGCUGCUGCAGUGCAGACGUCGGGCCUUUAGAGGUUGCAGACACUGAGCGUGCGAACUAACUGUGUUCUUUUCACUUCAGUACUGGGGUGAAGGCCACCUCAGAUAUUUACAAAUGGUCAAAUAUGGUUCAGUGUUUGGCCCAAAGGAACCCGAACCUGAGAGCUGUGUGGUCUGUAGAGACGCAGCCUGCAGUAUUAGCGCAGAAAAUGGGGUGUUUGUGUACGUGUGUGGGUUAUUUUUCCAUGAAUGAGAAAAUAGAGCCUUAUAUUUUCAGUGUAAGUGUAUCUGAGAAGUAAAUCAGGGUUGAUUGGACCACUCUUGGUCUGUAGCUUCACUAAAGUGGAUCCUGCUCACAGUGUGUGGGUUAAACAGAGGCUUCGUGUGCUUUAAGGUGAGUAUAUUUCUUUCCCGGUUGUUAAAGGACCUCUCUGAUAUUUCUCUGUCAGGGUAGCAUUCCUGUCUGUGUAAAAUCCGAUCGAGUGGACAACCUUAACGGACUUUGAAUACCAUUGAAAUAAAGGCAACCUUAUGUUUCUACUGCUUGA